AUGCAGCUCAUCAGAGCAGUUACCGUAGAAAUAUUUCUUAAAAAAGACAGAGGGAGGCGACCAGUAAAUUUCUUUCUUUCUUUCUUUCUUUCUUUCUUUCUUUCUAUCUAUCUACUUAUCUAUCUAUCUAAAUACCUAUCUAUCUACUUAUCUAUCUAUCUACAUACCUACUUAUCUAUCUAUCUAUCUAUCUACUUAUCUAUCUAUCUAUCUACAUACCUACUUAUCUAUCUAUCUACUUAUCUAUCUACCUACCUACCUACUUAUCUAUCUAUCGAUCUACCUACCUACUUAUCUAUCUAUCUACUUAUCUAUCUAUCUAUCUACCUACUUAUCUAUCUAUCUAUCUAUCUAUCUACCUAUUUAUCUAUCUCUCUACUUAUCUAUCUAUCUACCUACCUACUUAUCUAUCUAUCUAUCUACCUACCUACUUAUCUAUCUAUCUACCUACCUACUUAUCUAUCUAUCUAUCUGAGUACAUUUCUAUCCAUCUAUUUAUAA